AUGAUGCUCUCGACACCUCGAUGCCGCCCUAGCAGCGAGCCCGAGGAGAUUGACGGCAGGCUUACCCUGAUCGGCACCAAGCGUCUGGAAGCAUAUGAGGUUGUCAACAGCACUGACGACGAGGUCUUCCACUUGGAUCUGUAUGAGUGGGGUCGCUACUUUGAAGCCGCCGAGGUGCAGGCGGAGCUUGCUUGCUCAGACUUCAACCUCGGCAUCAAGGAGAGGGUCACACUUUUGUCGCACGCCAAGGCAAAUGCUCAACGCCUGAACGCGGACCCCCGCGUGGAAGAGAGGAAAGAGGAGAUUGACCAGGCCCUCAACGGCCAGGUACGCGAUGUCUCAGAGCUCUUCAAUAACUAUGCGGAUCAGGCUGGCUAUUUCGACAUCUGCCUCUUGAUUUACCAUGUUGCCGACUACCGCAACUCCACCACUGUGGAGACGACGUGGGCGUCUUUGAUCGAGCAGACACAUGAUGAGGCCACCAGGAGGAUGCAAGAGGCCGGUCCUGGCAUCUCGGCACUGCUCACGCCGUACGAGUCUGUCUCACAGAAAGUUCUAAAUAUUGCUCAUCGGGUCAGCCUCGACAGCUUCGUGUUUCCUAUUAAGUUCCUCGUCGCGGCCCUCAGUCGAUACUCGAUCGAGUAUGGCCAGGACGGACAGAUCGGCGCCAACCCUGUGUGGCCCAUUACCAUCUUCUUCGAGCUGAAAGUGUCACAUAUCACGAUUCUCAACGCCUUGGAGGAUAUCUUCAACGCCCAAGAUGUUGGCUUCACGGGCAACAACCGCAUUCGCGUGAUCGAGCUCAUCGUCUAUGUUGUGGACAGCUGGCAGAAGGAAUGCAAGCGCCGAGCCAACUCGACCGCCCGUGGCGACGCCGUCUGGCAGUCAAUGAAGGAGCUUCUCGACUCGUGUGAGGAGGCCCUGCCCCCAGCUUCGAUGUCUAUGGGUAAUCUGAACCCUGGUGGCGCGGACGUGGCCGACAUCCGCCGCGAGGUGCGCACCGUUCGACGUGAGGUCGAGGCUCUUUCCGACAGAGGCCCGGCUGGAAGCAUGCGCUUCCUGUAA